UCUCCUUGCACAGCAAAAACACCCGCUCGUGUAGCAGACACACACAAUCAUGGAGAGACUUGGCCUUUGUCUCGCGUUGUUGCUUUGCCUCGCCAUCUCCGCAGCCGAUGCCCAGAGCGCUAGCAACGUCAGGGCGACGUACCACUACUACAACCCCGCGCAGAACGGGUGGGACUUGAAUGCCGUCAGCGCUUACUGCGCGACCUGGGACGCGGGCAAGCCCCUGGCUUGGCGGAAGAAGUACGGAUGGACCGCCUUCUGUGGGCCGGUCGGGCCUCAUGGGCAACAGGCUUGUGGCAAAUGCUUGAGGAUCACGAACAUGAAGACCAAUGCUCAAAUUACCGCGAGGAUCGUCGACCAGUGCAGCAACGGAGGGCUCGACCUGGACUACAACACCGUCUUCCGCCCGUUGGACACCGACGGAAGCGGAUAUAACCAAGGGCACCUCACUGUCAAAUACCAGUUCGUUAACUGUGGCGACUGAACCACACCCGGUUUCUUUCGCGCCCGAGGUUAAUAAGACUUUGCUGAGAAAUAAAGAAUAACUUCUUCUGUAAUGGAAGUUGCUGUUAUCAAAUAAUAAGGAAUUAUUAUUGU